UACUGUCGGUUCUGCUGCAGAAAAUCAGGAUGCAGCAACGAGAAGAGAAGCAGUUGGAGGCGUCCGUCGAGUCUCUGAUCUCUCGAGUUGCACAUUUGAAGAAUUCUCUGCAGAGUUUUAUCUUUAAACUGGAGAGCGAAUACGACCGACUGUCAUGGCCCUCCGUGCUGGACAAUUUUGCACUUUUAUCUGGGCAGCUAAACACCAUCAACAAGUUGCUUCGUAAUGAGAAGACCCCGUCCUACAGGAACCAGGUCAUCAUCCCCCUCCUGCUGUCACGCGACCGAGACGAGGAGCUGGCCAAACUGACGGAGAUGCGAGUGCCCGUGUUCAGCCACGAGAUCGUGCCGGACCACCUGAGAACAAAACCCGACCCAGAAGUAGAGGAGCAGGAGAAACAGCUGAGUGCAGAUGCAGCGAGGAUCGGACCUGAAGUCGCUCAGAAACAGAUUCAGACUCUGAACAAACUCUGCUCGAGUCUUUUGGAGAAGCUGAACAACCCUCGAGAUGACCGAGAUGCAGAAAAUGCAGCGUUACGUCAGAACAAACCCUGGUUUAACCCCGCCGACACCAAUGCCCUGGUGGCAGCAGUCGGUUUCGGAAAGGGCCUGUCCAAGUGCAGACCACCCGCUCCGGUGGCUCCCGGGCAUCCGGGACAAGCCAUGAUGACGGGGGGACCGACGCUGCAGCAGGUCACCAUCGCCGGAGCUUCUAGCCAUCAGGCGGGCAUCGGCGGAGCAGUGGCGCAGCAGGCACCCGGCCAGCCUGGGAAAAUUCCAAGCAGCAUUAAGACAAAUAUCAAGUCGGCAGCAGCUUCAAUGCAUCCUUACAACCGAUAAAGAAGAAGAGUGAUAAAGCAAUUCUGCUUCUGCUUUUGUUGUUUUUUUAUGUAUGUUUACUGUUUUAAGAUCUUUUGUUUUCCUUUUUUUGGGGGG